CUAGGUUUUGCCUAUAUAUAUAUAUAUUUUCACGGCUCACUGUCUCUCUUCUUUGUGCGUAGUUCGCAGUAUCCGCGUCUCUCUGCACGAUGGCUUUUGUCAAAGCUCAGAAGUCAAAGGCAUACUUCAAGCGGUUUCAAGUCAAAUUUAAGAGAAGGAGAGAGGGGAAGACUGAUUACCGAGCCAGGAUUCGCCUUAUUAAUCAGGAUAAGAACAAAUAUAACACUCCAAAAUACCGUUUUGUAGUGCGAUUUACAAACAAGGAUAUUAUUGCCCAAGUAACGUCUGCUACCAUUGCUGGAGAUGUGGUUCUUGCUGCUGCAUAUGCCCGUGAGCUCCCUUGUUAUGGUCUUGAAGUUGGUCUUACUAAUUAUGCUGCAGCUUACUGCACUGGACUUCUCUUGGCCCGCCGUGUCUUGAAGAUGCUCGAGAUGGAUGAUGAGUAUGAGGGCAAUGUGGAGGCAACUGGAGAGGAUUACUCAGUUGAGCCAGCAGAUAGGAGGCCAUUCCGUGCUCUCCUUGAUGUUGGUCUAAUUAAAACGACAACUGGGAAUCGUGUCUUUGGGGCUCUGAAGGGAGCAUUGGACGGUGGUUUAGAUAUUCCUCACAGUGACAAGAGGUUUGCUGGUUUCUCUAAGGAUUCUAAGCAGCUUGAUGCUGAAGUCCACCGCAAGUAUAUUUAUGGUGGGCAUAUUGCUGCUUAUAUGAGGACUUUGAUGGAAGACGAGCCAGAAAAGUACCAGUCUCAUUUUAGUGAAUACAUUAAAAGGGGAAUUGAGGCAGAUAGUAUUGAGGAGAUGUACAAGAAAGUUCAUGCUGCCAUCCGGGCAGACCCCAUUCAGAAAAAGUCUGAGAAACAGCCACCUAAGGAGCACAAGAGAUACAACUUGAAGAAGCUGACAUACGAGGAGAGGAAAGCUAGAUUGAUUGAACGUCUGAAUGCCCUCAACUCAGCAGCAGGAGGUGACGAGGACGAUGAUGACGACGAUGAGUGAAAGAUGCGCUCACAAGAUAAAAGCCAAACAUGUGUUGGUGCCAAUGCUAGUGCUCGUUGAGAUUAUUGUGAAACCUAACAAGUUUUGUUUUUAUCUGUUUUCCCUUUGGGUAAUUUUGCAGCUUGGAUUGAAUUUUUUUGGUUAUUUAGAUGGUAACUAGACAUGGAUUCCUUUCUUAAGAGUUAUGCGAUGCAAUUUCUUGUUGGA